AUGAUGGAGGAACAAGACAAAGCAACAUCUCAACUUCUAUUUGAAGUUGCUGAAAUGAAUGAUAGAAAUGAAAAUAAUAAAACUAAACAGUUAGAUUCAUGGAAUGUUCAACCAAUGAGAAAUACAGAAGUUUGUUUCAAAGAAAAUAGAAAAAGAAAUCGUUUAAAGUUUUGUAGUUUUUGUAUAUAUUUUAUAUAUGGUAUAUUAAUGUUUUUAUUUGGAAUAAUUGUUACAAUUAUUUUACUACAUUUUUGGAAUCCAUCUAUAUCAUCAGAUCUUUUAAAAAUAAUAUCAUCACCAUUUUCAAUUGAUGAAACUUAUGAUAAAAAUAAUAAAUUCAAAAGUUUUAAUAUUAUAGAAGAUUCAUAUAAUGAUGAGUUAACAAUAUGUUGUCCAAAAUUUGAAUAUAAAUCAUUACGAUUACUUGAAUCAAUUGAGCCUUUAUCUUAUAAUAUAAAAGUUUACCCAAAUUUAGAAAAUUUAAAAUUAUAUGGAAAUGUAACAAUACAUAUUAACAUAAAAAAUAAAGAAGAUAUUAUUGUUAUUCAUGCUGAUAGACUUAACAUGAUAAAUUAUAACAUUAAAAUUAAUGGUGAAAAAGUUAAAGCAUUAUUUAAAGAAUGUACAUGUCAAGAACAAUGGUUAUUUGAACCUUCUAAUCAAUUAAAAACUGGUGAUAUUGUUGAACUUUAUAUUGAAUAUUUAGGAACAAUUCAAACUGAUAUGAGUGGAUUGUAUAUUAAUGAACAUCGUAGUAAAAAUAAUAAUAUUAUUAAAUCAAUUGUAACACAAUUUGAACCAGCUAUGGCUAGAAGAUUUAUGCCAUGUUUUGAUGAACCAUCAUUUAAAGCAAUAUUUAAUUUAUCUAUUAUAAGAGAACCUAAUCAUUUAAGUAGAUCAAAUAUGCCUAUAUAUUAUUCUGAAGAAUAUGAAUAUAAUAAUGAACUAAUGGUCGAUUAUUUUUUACCAACUGUUAAAAUGUCAACAUAUAUCUUGGCUUUGGGAGUUUUUAAUGAUUUUAAAAAAAUUCGACGAAUAUCAAAAAAUACCAUUAAACCAGUAGAAAUUAAUUUAUUUGCCAGUUCUCAAAUAAUUAACAAUCAAACUGAUUUUGGAUUAACAACAAGUAUAAUGGCACUUGAAUUUUUUGAAAAAUAUUUUAACAUUGGUUAUCCACUUCCUAAAAUUGAUCUAGUUGCAUUGGAUACAUUUUUAGAAUCAGCAAUGGAAAAUUUUGGUAUGAUUACAUUUAGAGAUUCAUCUUUAUUAUUCAAUGAAAAUAACUCAACAUCAAGAGCAAAACAACAUAUUGCUAGUGUUAUAUCUCAUGAAAUGGCUCAUCAAUACUUUGGAAAUUUAGUGACAUUUAAAUGGUGGAAUGAUUUGUGGUUAAGUGAAGGAUUUGCAACAUUUAUGGAAUAUUAUUGUAUAUCAAAUUUAUACCCAAGUUGGAAAGCAAUGGAAGCAUUCUAUGUAGAUAAUUAUAUAUCAAGUAUGAAUAUGGAUGGAAUGCUUAGUAGUCAUCCAAUUUCAACAAAAGUAGAUAAUCCAUCAGAUAUAUCAAGUAUUUUUGAUGCAAUAAGUUAUAGUAAAGGUGCAGCUGUUAUACAAAUGAUUAAAGGAAUAGCAGGAGAUGGUGCAUUUCAGAAAGCAAUACGAGAAUACCUAGAUAUAUAUUCUUAUAAAAAUGCAGAAGGUCAAGAUUUAUGGAAUAUUAUUCAAAAACAUGUUGAAGUAUCAAGUGAUAUUACAAUAAAUGAUUUAGCUGAUGCAUGGACAUUAAAAAUGGGAUAUCCAAUUGUAAGAAUGACAUGGGGAAAAUCAAAAUCAGAAAUUAUUAUUACUAAUCAAACACGAUUUAUUUUUAUUAAAGAAGAUAGAAAUCAUGAAAAUGAUUAUAAAUGGCCUAUACCUAUUCAUUAUAUUACUGAUACAAUAAAAGAUUCAAGAUUAAUAUGGUUUAAAGAAAAUGAUGAAAAUUUAAGAUUAGAUUUAGGUAAACAUUCAAAAUGGUUUUUAGCUAAUACAGACUCAAAAGGGUAUUUUCGUGUAUUAUAUGAUAAUAAUAAUUAUAAAGCUCUUGUUAAACAGCUUAAAAUUAAUCAUAGAAAAAUUAAAACAAUUGAUAGAAGUAUUAUUAUUAAUGAUGCUUUUACUUUUGUUAAAUCAGGUCAUUUAGAUAUUGGUGAAGCAUUAAAUUUAAUAGAAUAUUUAUCAAAAGGUGUAGAAAAAGAUAGAUCACCAUGGUAUGUUACAAAUCAACAUUUACUAUAUAUAGAUAAUAUAUUAAAAGAUUCUCCAAUAUAUGAAGAUUAUCAAGAUUUUAAAAGACAUCUUAUAUUAAAUUCUUAUGAAAAUUUAGAAUGGAAUAAACCAAUACACAUUACAGAUAAACUUUUUCAAUCUGAAAUUUUUGGUAUAGCAUGUAAAUGUGAGAUAAAUCAUUGUUUGAAACAGGCAAAAUUAUUAUUUAAAAAAUGGUCAAGGAAUAAAGAUUUAGUUCCAAUUGAUUUACAAAAAAUUGUUAUAGAAGAAGGUGUUCGACAAGGUGGUAAACAAGAAUGGGAAUUGGUAUUUAAAGAAUAUCAAAUUGCAACAAAUCCCUCACAAAAAGAUUUAUAUUUAACAGCAUUAACACAAACAAGAGAAAUAAAAUUAAUAAAUAGAUUGUUAAAUUAUUGCCUUAAUCCAUCUAUAAUUAGGCCAAAUGUUAUGAGUAAAAUUAUUGGUAAUUUAAUGAAUAAUCAGGUUGCCUCUGUACAUGUAUGGAGAUUUUUUAAAAUGAAUAUUAAAAAAUUUAAAGAAAUGUCCCCAUCAAUAUAUAGAUUAAUUCGUAGUUUAGUUUCAAAAUUUAGUACUAAAUACGAGUAUAAUUCAUUAGUAGCCUUAUUUGAAGAAGAUAAACAAUUAAAAUUAACUGUUAGAAAUUAUGAAGAAAUAUUGCAUUCAAUAAAAUUAAAUAUUCAAUGGAGAGAAUUAAAUGAAAUACCAAUAAGUAUUUGUAAUGAUUCUGAGAAUCGUUUAUUUGAAAAUCUAUUUUCAUCUUACUCAAAACUUAUUCGUCCUAUUCAAAAUACUAAUAAUACAAUUGAUAUUCUUUUUAAAAUGAAAUUAAAUCAAAUUAUUGAUGUUAAUGAAAGGGAACAAAUAAUAAAAGUUUUUGGAUGGCUUUACCAUCAAUGGCAUGAUUAUCGUUUAGAGUGGGUUCCAUCUGAUUAUGGUGGUACAGAAAUGUUACAUAUUCCUGGUGAAUUAAUUUGGUUACCAGAUAUUAUACUUUAUAAUAAUGCUGGUGGAACUCCAUGGGUUAGAACAAUUACAAAAGUAGAUUUAUAUUAUAAUGGUACCAUUAUUUGGGAACCACCUUUCAUAUAUGAUUCAGUAUGUCCAAUUAACACAAAAUGGUUUCCAUAUGAUGAGCAAGUAUGUGGAUUUAAAUUUGGAAGUUGGAGUUAUAGUUCAUUAGAAGUAGAUAUAUUUCAUCCUGAAAAGCAGAAAAUGGUUUUAGGAUAUGAAGAUGACAAAACUAUAUGGUAUAUUGAAAAUGCUAUUGAUAUUGAUGAGUUUCAAGAAAGUAUUGAAUGGGAUGUUGUUGAAAUAAGAGGAUUAAAACAUAAAGUUAAGUACCCUUGUUGUGAAAAAUAUUGGAUUGACAUAACAUAUUAUAUAAAUAUUAGAAGAAAAAAACUUUUUUACACAAUUAAUCUUAUGAUUCCUUGUAUUGUUCUAGCAUCAGCGUCUUCAUUUGUAUUUUACAUUCCUUGUGAAAGUAAUCUUAAAAUUCAAUAUUGUAUUUCAAUUUUUGUUGCAUUGACAAUUUUUUAUUUACUUCUUAUUGAAAUAAUUCCACCAACAAGUACUUUUAUUUCAUUAAUAGGAAAAUAUUUAUUAUUUACAAUGUUUAUGGUUGCAUAUAGCAUAUUUUUUACUGUCAUUGUUCAAAAUAUACAUUAUAGAAGAGAACAAAUGCCAUCAUUUAUAAGACAAAUAUUUAUUAAUAUUUUAGGAAAACGUAUAUUAAUUUUUAGAGAUUCUGAAGAAAUGAAAUUUCAUAAAAAAGAAAGAUAUAAUAAAAAAUUGCCUUCACUAUCUGCUUUAAGAAUGUUAGAAAGACAUUUUAAAAAAACAUCUAACAUUAAAGCUAGAUAUGAAGAAGAAAAGAAAAGUAAAUUAUUAAUUAUUAAUAAAUUAUUUGAAGGAAUAACAAAAUCAGUCAAUAUUCAGGAAAAAGAAAUUUCUAAUAUUAAUGCUGAUUAUGAAAAAGUGGAUACAUCACAAUUUGAUAAAAGAUUAACAAAAGUUGGUUAUAAUAUUCAAUACAUUGCUAAAUGUCUUCAACGUCAUAGAAAAAUUGAAGAGAUUGGAGAAGAUUGGAGAUUUGUAGCAAUGGUUGUGGAUAGAAUUCUUUUGGCUAUUUUUUCUAUAACAAUAUUAAUUGGAACAUUAUUAGCAUGUUUCUCAGCUCCUAGUCUUCGUGACUAUAGAAAACCAUUAAAUAAUCCAUACUUAUCAAUGUAUACAAAAUAUCAACAAUAA